CCAAAAUCCUGCAUUUUAGCGAAUACAAUACCAAAUAAAAAUCUAUUAAAUCAGAGCAGACAGAAUUUUGUUAAAAGCAAUGCAGAGAUUUAUAGCGAGAAGGGUAUUAUCGGAAACCAAAUCAUUCCCGUCAUCUCGCUGCUUCUUUUCUCAGCUUGCACAGAAAGAAUCAUCAUCAUCUGUUCAUGAAAAUGAGGUUUUUAUCCCAAAAAUGCCACCUUUUGAUUACUCUCCUCCGCCGUACACCGGUCCCUCCGCCGCCGAGAUCAUAGCCAAGCGUAAAGAGUUUCUUAGCCCUUCCAUAUUCCAUUUCUACGACAAGCCUCUGAACGUGGUGGAUGGGAAGAUGCAGUAUUUAUUUGACGAGAACGGGCGUAGAUACGUUGAUGCUUUUGGAGGGAUUGCGACGGUGUGUUGCGGUCACUGCCAUCCUGAGGUUGUGGACUCAAUAGUCAAACAAAUCAACCGCAUACAACACUCUACUGUACUUUACCUUAAUCAUGCCAUCUCUGAUUUCGCUGAGGCCUUGGCCUCUAAAAUGCCUGGCAAUCUCAAGGUUGUCUUUUUUACAAAUUCAGGGACUGAAGCGAAUGAGUUGGCUAUGAUGAUAGCCAGAUUAUAUACAGGUUGUAAUGAUAUAAUAUCGUUGAGAAAUGCGUAUCAUGGGAAUGCUUCAGGGACAAUGGGUGCUACUGCACAAUCUAAUUGGAAAUUCAAUGUUAUUCAGAGUGGAAUUCAUCAUGCCUUGAACCCAGACCCAUAUAGAGGUGUGUUUGGUUCAGAUGGAGAGAAGUAUGCAAGAGACGUCCAAGAGAUUAUUGACUUUGGAACUACUGGCCAUGUUGCUGGAUUUAUAUCUGAAGCUAUACAGGGAGUGGGCGGGAUUGUAGAAUUGGCCCCAGGUUACUUGCCUGCCGCUUAUAACAGUAUUAGAAAAGCUGGAGGUGUUUGUAUAGCGGAUGAGGUUCAGUCUGGUUUUGCUCGCACAGGAAGUCAUUUCUGGGGAUUUGAAACUCAGGGUGUUGUUCCUGACAUAGUGACAAUGGCAAAGGGUAUUGGGAAUGGUAUUCCUCUUGGUGCUGUGGUGACAACUCCAGAGAUUGCUGAAGUAUUAACUCGCCGCAGUUACUUCAACACAUUUGGGGGCAAUCCUGUAUGUACUGCUGCUGGGCUUGCUGUUCUGAGAGUGAUUGAGAAAGAAAAUCUUCAGGAAAAUGCAUCAAUUGUGGGGUCCCACCUGAAAAACAGACUAAAUGAGCUCAAAGAUAAAUAUGAAAUUAUUGGAGAUGUGAGGGGAAAAGGAUUGAUGCUGGGAGUUGAACUAGUAACUGACCGCCAACAGAAAACUCCUGCAAAGGCUGAAACUUUACAUAUAAUGGACCAGAUGAAAGAAAUUGGCGUCUUGGUUGGAAAAGGUGGAUUCUAUGGAAAUGUGUUUAGAAUUACACCUCCCCUCUGUUUCACUAAACAAGAUGCAGAUUUCCUUGUCGAUGCAAUGGACUACACAAUGUCAAAGAUGUGAAGCCUUUAUAUUGAAUAUAGAUAAAGCUGUCUGCCUGCUGAUCAUUCACAAAUCGGCAGAGCUAUUUCUGUAUCAUUUCAUGUCAAUAGCAAGUGCAUUAUGAAAAUAUAAAUAGGUCUCUCUACGAAUCCCUGUAAUAAAAGGGAUGAGUCAACAUCUCGUUGUCUCUUGCUGAAACCUGUUUCUGGGGUCUACAUUAUCUUUGACCAUUUAUGUUUUCCUUUGGACCGUGUGGCAAUCUUAUGAAUGACGCUACAAUCUCAUUGGGUCUCCUCCAAAUUUUUAUUGUUUUCUUUGGCUUUACAGAAGAACUGCAAUCAGAUUGGCCCUGCAAACCUGGGUAAAAUGUAAACAUCACAAUGCUUUUCUUCAAGAGUAUUUAGAAUGUUAGAAUAGAAGUACGGGUGAUCGGAUCUGUGUGGCUGUGCCAUUGCAUUGGUCAGCUCCUGUCUCAUCACCCUUACUGUAUGAACUGCAUAAAACAUGAAGUUAAAAUUACUGUACUUUCAUUAUUAUGAACACAUUGAUUGAUGAAUAACUGAGUCCAGCGAUGUUAUAUUAUAUUGA